AUGUAUCACGAUAGAAAGCAACUUCUGAAAAUGACAUCAAACAACCAGAAACUUCCGGGCAAAUUAAGCAAGAGCGGAGCUGGUAGUUUACCAGCAAAAAGUGUCGUUAAGAAUAUUAGCAACUCAUCGGCCUAUACAAAGUCAACAGCAAAGGGAAGUACAGCAAAACUGCCAACAAUUACCCCAUCUACGUCAAAUAAGACUUCAUUUAACCCCGGAAAAAGUUCAACCACCUAUAGUUCAGGCAAAAGUAAAUCAACAUUUGGCGUUAUAUGGUUGCCGAUAAAAAAACGCAACAAACACAAGGAUUAUGUUUACAACGCGUACAAAACGAAAGAGAAGGAUAAGGAAAGAGCGCCAUCUAUGUACAAUUUUAUGUCAGGCGAUUCAAGCCAUCAGCAUAUGCCCAAGAAGAUAGAAGAGGAAUCAGGUUCAGACAAUAAAACUUCUGCUUUACUCGGUAGUGCAACCACAGGAACUGCAUUACAUUCCAUAUCAGAUGACAACUUAAAUAAAAAUGAGAAACAUGGGGAUCCAGAAAUCACACCCAUUAAAGAGGAAGUUAAAGACACAUCAUUUGAUACAGAAAAAGAGAAACAUGAUAGUGAUUAUCUUGACAACGAAGUCAUCAUUAAACCUCCCAGUGCUUUCGAUGAGAAAUCUUUGAAGGAUAAAGUAGAUGACAAUGUAGAUAGUGUAUUUUUGAGGCCACCGCCAGCUCAUAAAGUCCGUCCUAGAUCCCCAGCUCAGGAAGAGGAAACCUGUGGUAUGAAAUGUCUGUAUUAUACAUUAGCCUGUUGUGAUUGUGUGCUUAUGUAA